AUGGAGGAGGACGGCGAGGCGGAGCGGGAGGCGAUCGAGGCGAGGAUGCGGGGCGGGGAUUACACCGGCGCGAGGACGCUGCUGCUGCAGACGCUGCAGACCAACCCCAGGCUCGACGGCGCCGUCGAGAUGCUCGCGGCGCUCGAGGUCCUCUGCGCCGCCAACCGGCCGCCGUCGCCGCUCGCGGGCCGCGGGGCGGUCGACUGGUACAGGGUCCUGCAGGCCCUGCCCGGGGACGACGCCGCCAGGAUCGAGGCGCGGUACAGGACCCUCCUGGACCAGCUGGAGCCCGCCAGGGACAGCCUGCCUGGCGCCGGCCUGGCGCUCGGCCUCGUCAGUGACGCCUACCAGGUGCUGUCCGAUCCGGAGAAGAGGGCCAGGUUCGAUUCGGCGAACGCCAACACAUCAUCAGUGGGUGGUUCUGCCAAGGGGUUGGUGAUUGGUGCGUCGAGUAACGCGCAUUUCGACCUGCGGAUGCAUGCCGAAGGCGCUGCACUUUUUAGUGGCGUCGAUGAGCCAGCUCCUAGCAGCGCAAAUCCUGAAGUGGAUAGAUUGAACUCUUUUUACAUGAAGUAUGUUCAACCCGCCGAAAGACCGUGUGCAGAGGUGGGAAAUGGUUCAGACAUAGCUAGUUCUUCCAAGACCAAGAGCACCGACUCUUUCUUUCUAGGUGAUGAGGAUGAGUUGCAGUUGCCUGAAGAAAACCAUGGCGACGAGAAGCAAAAGAGUGUUUGCGAAAAGGAUGUGUACUGUGAGUCCCCGUCGCAGGUAGAUUUGGACGACUGCUUUGCUGACCCCUCAGAUGCCGAACAACAAGAUGACCACCACUGCUUUGAUCAGCACUACGACUAUCAUAACUUUGAGGAUGAUAGGUCGAUAGAGCAUUUUACCAGCGGCCAGAUUUGGGCAGCGUAUGACUGGGAGAAGCUUCCUCGCAGAUAUGCAUUGAUAAAUAAAAUCUUGACUGACAAGAUGCAGUUAUAUGUCUCAUGGUUCAAACCAUGCCCGCAAUCUCAUGAAGAGAACAAGUGGUUAACUGCAGGCUUGCCAUUCGUUUGCGGAACCUUUGUUGUGGAGGAACGGCAAAUAUCACUGUCGUGUCCGAGCAUGUUUUCCCACGAAAUAUCUGGUGAUUAUCUGAACCAACAGCUUGAAGUAUAUCCACGGAAUGGAGAAGUAUGGGCCAUUUACAGUGACUGGGACAUUGGGUGGUGCAGUGACCCUGAGAUGCGUAAGAAGAGUGCAUUUUCUGUUGUAGAAAUACUUACCAGUUAUUCAACAGACUCAGGUUGUACAGUUGCGCCCUUGGUAAGGGUAGAUGGAUGUAGAAGCGUCUUCCAGAGGUACAGGAGCGGGAGGGAGCAAUUAUUACAAUUCAGCAGUGAAAAUCUGCUCAUGUUUUCGCACAGGAUCCCUUCAUUCAGAUUCACUCAUGAGGUUGGGACAGCAUUGGAGCUUGAACAUUCUGCUGUACCAGAAAACCUGCAGCAUGUAAAUACACUGGCUCCUUUGUCCCCACUUUCAGGCUUGCAUAAUGAUACGAAUGGCUUUUAUGAAGCUUCUGUCGCGCAAUUCUCCUAUCCUUCAACAAGCAGUAUGGGUUCAGGUAUUCCCCAACAGCAAGGAAUGAUGAACUACAAUAACAAGUUAUCAGCUGAGGAUUUUGUAGAAGGGCAGAUCUGGGCUGUGUAUGAUGCCCGGGACCGGAUGCCUAGGUCUUAUGUGAGAAUAAUCCGCGUGGUCUCACAGACUGCAGUUUUUGUGUUGAAGCUGGAACCACAUCCUAUGCUUAAUGAAGAAAUACGAUGGGUCGAAGAUGGUCUGCCCGUUGCUUGCGGGGUAUUUCGAGCUGGUACUGAAACUAGUUACAAGGACAUGUCAGAAUUCUCUCAUCUUGUACAGUGUGACUGGAGUUCAAGGAGGUCUUUCUACCGUAUCUUCCCAAAGAAAGGGGAGAUAUGGGCAAUGUACAAAAAUUGGGAGAUAACCUUAGAUAGCACUGACAUUGACAAUUGUGAACCUCGCAUGGUUGAGAUACUCUCUGAUUAUACUGAUGAAAAUGGAGUCAAUGCAUGCAGCUUGACUCGGGUAAAAGGCUGCCUAUCAUUCUUCCAGAGAGUAUUACUGGAGGAUUUCCAUUUGACGAGGUGGAUUUCAAGGUCUGAAAUGCUCAGCUUUUCCCAUCGUGUUCCUGCUUUUGUUGUCAUUGAAAUCAAAGAGCGUGAUAUACCACAAGGGUCAUGGCACCUGGAACCAAGUGCCCUACCUCUUAGAACCAUACAUUGACAGUUCGAAACAUAGCAGCUGAAGCUUACCCAGUUGUAAUGAAUCAACCCUUUCCUUUUGGCUCAUUUUGAAUAGAUCUAUUGCCUC